UUAUUAAAUUUCUGAAAUUUAACAUGACCUUUUUUUUCAGCCCAUAAAUACACGAACUUAGCACCUUUUCUGAUUUUUGACACCGGCAAGAAAUCCGGCGACUUAUAUAUAAUGACGUGUAAUUUAUUGCUUACAUGGCUAAUUAUUUUGCUGAUAUGGCAAAUUUGCUGACAUAUUUUUUUUAUAUUAAUUUGUUGCCUUAUGAAAACGACCACGUUUGGAGAAUAACCAUUUGUUUAAACCUUUUUUGUUUUCUUCCCAAGCUGCCGCCAUUUGUUUAAACCUUUUUAGUUUUCUUCCCAAGCAAAUGGCGAAUAAUCCAUUCAUUUAGAAUCAAACCCAUUUGUUUAAUUCCAAGAUUUUCCUUUAUUUCCGCCGCCACAAUAAAGCAUUGAGGUCUUUGAAAUUUCCUCUCGUUUGGUGAAUACAAGUGAGUAUUUUUUUAAUUGGAAGUGGGGGUUUGUUGUCAGGCACAUCUUCUGAAGCUCGUGGUGGUUCAAACUUCUACAAUUACAAUGGAAAACAGAGACACAUUUGCACUGUAUAUUACGCAUGGUGGCAAAUUUGUUGAAUAUCGAGGUAGAGAGUUAUAUAUUAAGGGUGAUAUAUUUACAAAGCAUCAUCUUGAUGUAGACAGAUUUGGGUAUUUUGAUUUGGAGGAUGUGAUUAAGGGUUUAGGGUAUGAAUCUUGGUUGAAAUUAUGCUAUAGAAUCCCUUCUUCUGAGAAUUAUAGGUCUCUAAAAAAUGAUCAAGAUAUACUUGAUAUGUUGAGCCAUCUAACAUUGACAUGUAGACAUGCAAAUAUUUAUGUUGAUGGUGGGAUUAAAGUAGGGGAUUCUGGAGCAGUAGAGGUAGAGGAAUUGAGUGCAGCUGAGCUAGAUGAGUUAUACAGAGAAUAUCCUUUUUGUAAAUUACAAGAUGAUAUAGCUGAAGUUUAUGAUGAAUUAGAGCAUGUCAGUGCAAAGGAGAAAGGCAAACAGAAUAAAAUAAUUGAAAAAGAGAAGGGUAGAGAGGGUGAGCAAACCACUGAUGUAAAUCGAGCUGAGUCAUCUGAAGAUGAUGAGAACUAUGUACCAUGUGAUGAUGAAGACACUGAUGAUUGUCUUAGUGACAAUGAAUUAGGAUCUGAUGAUGAAGAGUAUGUGACGAGCAGGAGGAAUCUUAGGAUAGAUAAGGCCUACUUUAAUGACAUUGGGAAGUUUGUUGGGGUUGAGAUUGUACCAGAUGAGCAUAUAGUGUGUGAAUCUGACUAUGAUGAUUCAGAUGCUGAGGUGAAUUCUGAUAUAAAUGAUGAUGAUGAUGAUGAUGAUUAUGAUAGAAAAAGAAAGAAAGUGACCUAUGAUCCAAAAUGUGACCAUAAUACAUUAGAGCUUAAGCUUGGGAUGAGGUUUGAAAGUGGUAUCCAAUGUAGGGAGGCACUUACGAACAAAGCAAUAGCUGAGGGGUGGGAGAUUCAUUUUAGUAGGGUCAGCAGGGAUAGAUGUGAAGCCAAAUGCACUCCACCAUGCCCGUGGAGGUGCUAUGGCAGUAUGGUUACGGGUGAUGGGACUUUCAUAAUCAAAGUCCUCGUAGAACCACAUAACUGUCAUAGGGCAAUGAAAAAUUUGCUUGUGAGUUCUAAAUGGAUUGCAAAGCAAUAUCUUAAUGUUUUUAGAGUGAAGCACAACUUCACGGUAGCUGAUUUAAAAGCUGACUUGAUGGAGAGGUUUAAAGUGGAUGUUGGUAAGAAUAGGUUGUAUAAAGCAAGAACUAUAGCACUUGAUACCUUGCGAGGGACAGUAGCUGAGCAUUAUGCUAAGCUUAGGAGCUACAUAGCUGAGCUGAAAAGGGCUGAUGGAGAAGGCAGAUUUGAAUUACUUUUGGGUCAGGAGUCAGUGUUUAAAGGUAUAUAUGUUGGGUUCAGUUCAUUCAAGAAAGGUUUCAUCAAUGGCUGCAGGCCAAUCAUUGGGUUGGAUGGCUGUCACUUGAAGACUCAUAUAGGAGGUGUGUUGUUGUGUGCUAUUGGGAAGGACGGGAAUGAUCAAAUGUUCCCUAUUUCAUGGGCUGUUGUGGAGAUUGAGAACACUGAAAACUGGACUUGGUUCAUAAAAAUUCUCAUGGAAGAGCUUGAGAUAGAUAAUGGACUAGGAAUUACCUUCAUUUCGGACCAACAAAAGGGUCUUAUUCAUGCAGUUAGCACAUUGGCACCACUAGUAGAGCAUAGAAAUUGUGCCCGACAUGCAUAUGCUAAUUGGAAGAAACAACACAAAGGUAUAACACUAAAGAAUAUGUUCUGGAAUGCAGUUAGAGCCACAUAUGUUGAACAAUACAAGUUGGCAAUUGAGGAGAUUAAAAGUGAGAAGCCUGCAGCGUAUGAGGAUUUCAUUGAGCGAGGGCCACAAAAAUUUUGUAAGGCUUUUCUGAACACAUUUCCUCGUUGUGACAUGGUAGACAAUAAUAUUAGUGAAACAUUCAAUGGGUACAUAAUAAAUGCUAGAGGUAAACAUGUUAUAGACAUGCUAGAGGAUAUUAGGUGCUCAUUGAUGGAGAGACAAUACAAGAAAAUAGUAGAAAUUGAGGCCCUUCAUGAUAGAUUAUGUCCUAAGGUUAGGAAGAAGCUGGAGAAGUUAAAGGCUCAAAGCAGAUUUUGUAUUCCACAUCCUGCCUUAGGUGGGUUUUUUGAAGUGGAUAUGUUUGAUGAUAAAUUUGUUGUGAGUGUUGAAGGUAAGACUUGUACUUGUAGAGCAUGGGACUUAUCAGGAAUCCCAUGUGUCCAUGCCAUUUCUGCAUUCUAUUUUUUGAAGCAGGAUCCGGCUGAAGUAGUCCAUGACUACUUCACAAUUGAAAGGUACAAAAAGGCAUAUGAAUUUGGUAUAGCACCAUUAAAUGGUGAGAAGCUGUGGCCUAAUGCAGAAGGGUGGGUUGUUAAAGCACCAAAGUGUAGGCGAAUGCCGGGAAGGCAGAGGGUUAAAAGAAAGAGAGAUGCUGAUGAGAGGGACUCUACCAAUCCAAAUAAGCUGCGCAGAUUCGGGUUAAAAAUGACAUGUCAGAAAUGUUUUCAACAGGGACAUAACAAGGCUCGUUGCCAAAAUGCGCCAGUUGAGAAACCUAAGAAAGAGAAGGGGAGAAGGGGUAGACCACCAAAAACUAUCAACGAAAUGAAUAGGAAUUCACAAGCAAGCUCAGCAACAACUAUGACCACAGAAGCAUGUUCAAACCCGACAUUUGACAGAAGAGCUCUUGCAAAGGAAAGGGCAUUGGCAAACAAGGGAAUAGGUGUGUUGCAAACUGAAAGCGGUAAUAUCUAUGUGAAGUCAAGCUCUAGGAAGAGUGUGAAAGCGAUAAAUCCUAAAACUUGGAAGCCACCAAGAACGAAGUCCCCAGCAACUCAAGAAAGCAUUAAUUAGACAACAUAGGUUGAGUUCAGUUUUGUGAAUGUAAUAGCUAAGAAAUUGUUGGUUUUUUGUAAGAUACAAAAUGGUUUUUCAUAUACUAUUGGCAUUGGUAUAAUAUUAGUUGAU